AUGCCCGUUCACUUACACUCCUCAUAUUUGAUCUCUCUGUUGAUUCUUCUCCUAGUUUCGCUCAAUAUUCAACAAAGCCUCACAAAAAUGAUUCAAGGACCACCUGUACCAAAAAGACCGAAUCUCUACAGAUGGCUAGCACAGAACAGUUAUAUUUGCGACCCCACACUUCUCAACAAACGAUCUCACCGGUUUUUGACACCUCGAGAAUCUUCCACACUCCGAUGUUCCUGUGGGGAUCCGUUGGUCACCAAAAAAGCAUGCGGGAGGAAAAAUAGAAGAACAAAUGAAAAGCCAAGUUGUUUUCGAUUACCCGAACCUUGUUUCCGAGAAUACGCUGUAAUUUUUGCUAAUGGAGGGAAUCGACUAACCAAACCUCUACCACAUCGAACAAAACCGAAACCUCCAAAAACUAAGACUUUAAUUGUGAAGAAAAAGGUUGCUAGAAAACGCACCCCGAGAAUAGUGACGACCAUACCGGUGACCGCAUUUUUACGAGUCCGAAAAGCGAAGAUACCAUAA